GUUAUCGUUAAAUGAGAGGAAAUUUUGAAACAUUGUGCAAUGGUGCUGCAAAAGUUUUGAAAGGUUGUGAGAGCUUUUGGUCUGCGAGGUUUCUUUGAGCCCACUCGUUGGAGAAAAAGCCCCAAUGUUGCAUCCCUACAGAAUGGAAAGUUACCUCAUUGCACCUUCCUCAGAAGAUAUGUAUGAUCCAGAGAUCUACAGACAAAUUCCAGAAUAUUAUAGUCCAUAUGUUCUGGAUACAGAGAUACAGGCAGAUCACUGGGAUUAUCACCCUCACACUCACGUACACCCUGUUGAGUUUGAAAACCUUCAAGAGACAAACUUCACAGAGUUGCAGAGUGUGCAAUCUCUGCACCCGCCCGGUCUAAUCCGACAUGACGUCAUGCGCUACGAUGCAGAAAAUCUUCUGGAUCCAAACCUUGGGUCGCAUUCUCAUAUGUUACAGCAACCAGUAACAUUCUUCCCACGGACUGUGUACCCGACACACAUGUCCCAGCACAGCACUGAUGAUGAAGAGCAUGGACGUCAAAGUCCCCCCUUAGAGGUGUCUGAUGAGGAGUCUCUUCGAGAUCAAGUUCCUUAUGUCAUACCUGGAGAGAUGGGCAACAAAAAGAAGAUUCGUUUGUAUCAGUUCCUGUUGGAUCUUUUACGAAACGGCGAUAUGAAGGACAGUGUCUGGUGGGUGGACAGAGAGAAAGGAAUGUUCCAGUUUUCAUCCAAACACAAGGAGGCUCUCGCACACCGCUGGGGAAUCCAAAAGGGCAACCGCAAAAAAAUGACCUAUCAAAAGAUGGCGCGGGCUUUGCGCAACUACGGCAAAACUGGAGAGGUAAAAAAGAUCAAGAAGAAACUGACAUACCAGUUCAGUGAUGAGGUCCUUGGGAAGAGUCAUUUGGAGAGAAAGUCAUACAUGUAGGCAGAAGACAGAAUUAUGCGAAAUAAAUGUUACAAUUUGACCUAUGGUUCCUGGUGUAACUGCUCACUCGAUGUUAACAGUCCUUGUAAAUAGUAAAAGCAUCAUGAAAGCUGUUCGGGGAGAACAUACUGGGUUACACUGUGAUUAUAUUAUUUCUCACAGCAUAGAACUACAGUGUAAAGAUUAGUUAAUGCAGCGGCCAUCCAUGUCUCCUGCUUUUGCGAUUCAGAGACAUGGGACAGUCGGAGCUAGUUAUUUGUGUGUACAGCAAAGUAUCCUUGUGGAAAGAAGGCCGAUCCUAUAUAUGAAACAUGUAACCUGUUAUUUAAAGACAAUAGAUUAAGGGACUGAUUCACCAAAUCAUUUGUUCAAAGGGCGAUUUUUGUAUAAUACUAUAAAACUGUAGAAUCACUGAAAAUGCAAUAAACAUUUAUUUCAUGACACAAUUCAAUGUGAAUGCCACAUUCUUUUUGAAACGUGACUUAUGAAGACAUUUGUUUUUAAGAAUGUUACAUGAAUGAAGCCCUACACUGUAUUUCUUCAUUUGAACAUGCUCUUUUUAAGAUGCCUAAAGCUGGUUACGCAGUGUGUGAGUUUAGGUCUCUGUGAAUCAUCAGUAAUUGUAACUACAAUAAAAAUUAUUC